AUGAAUACUAUUCAUCCAAACACAUCCUCACUUUGCAAUGACAUUGGCGAUGACGAACAAAAUAUAUCCGAAUUCCCGUACAUGGGAGAACCAUUAAGAUUAGAUGAUUCGGCCUUGAAGAAUAAUCAUAGCUCAAAUAUACUCAACCAAUUUUUUGGGAGUUUUUCAGAAGAAGAAUCUGAUUCAGAGAAUAUGCUUUCACUUGAAUUUAGCGUUUCAAAUUAUACAAACAAUAGGAAAAGAAAAAGAGAUUCAAAUUCUAGAAAGAAACCCAAGUCAAGGCAAAAUGUUUCAAUUGAAAUCGAAAAAUUGUUACAAAAGGCAAAUGACGCUUAUUUGGAAAAAAAAUUUAUUUUAGCAAUCGAAAUACUUGAGGAAAUAGUUGUUAAAGCUCCGGGACUGCAUGACCCUUUCCAUAUGUUAGGCCUCAUAUAUGAACAAGAACUAGAUGAUAAGGAAAAAGCAAUAGGAUUUUAUUUAGUAGCUGCUCAUCUAGUUAGCACCGAUUUUUUUUUAUGGAGAAGAAUAGGCCAAAUGAGCGCCGAGAUCCAAGAUUGGGGCAGAGCAAUUUAUUGUUACUCUAAGUGUAUCAAAAACAUAGAAUAUUCUGCGAAACUAGGUGGGCAAGAGUCCGCUGCACAAUUAGAAGAUGAAAUACGGUUCGAACUUAGUAGUGCAUACUACUCCGUAAAUGAUAUCAAUAGGUGCAUACAACAACUAAAAAUAUUAUUUUGGAGGCACCCUGGUGACCCACUUUUGGGUAAAGAACUUGCAAGAUGUUAUCAUAAAAUUGGGAAAUUGAAUUUGGCGGCGGAAACUCUUGAAAGCUGUAUAGAUUACUGCGAUGACAUAAAUAUUGUAAAUAUGUUGUGCGAAGUUUACAUAGAUUUGAAAUUAUACCAGAAAUGUGUUGACCUAAUUCACAGUUAUUUUGCAAAUACUGAUAUUAAAUUUAAUAGUUUUAACUCAAAUACUAAAAAAACAAAUCUUUCCAUAAGUAAUGAAAUGGACAUAAAUCAAUUUUUGAAGAAAAUUCCGAUUGACAUUGCAACAAAAUAUGCGGUUGCAAAUGUCAAUUUUGGAAAUUACAUACCUGCACUGCAAGUUUCAAAUAUCAUUAAUGAAUAUAAAAAUUUCGAAGAUUUUGUUGAUUUACACUUGACUUUAGGAGACGCAUAUUUUCAAAUUGGCAAAUACGAUAAUGCGAAUGUUCACUUCGUGGCCGUAUCAAAUUCAAAGUCAUUUGAGUCAAACAUUCCUUUUAAUAUUAAAUAUGCAUACUCUCUCCAUAAGCUUAAUUUAAAUGAAGAUGCUGCAUCAGUUCUAAAAAAAAUACUUGAAACAAAUAAAAAUGUUUCUGCAGAUUUCAAUAUUUCCAGGGCAAAAACGCUUCUAGCUUCCAUAUAUUCAAAAAUGGGUUAUGAUAAUCUAAGUGAAGAGUUAAUCUAUACUAUGAAAUAUGAUGAAAUUAUACAGUCUAAAGAUAUCUCAAUUCCAAUUCCACAGGAAAUGAGAAUAACUAUUGUUCUUGAUUUGUUUUCUGAUAUGAAAAAAGGGAUUUUAAAAAAUGUGGGUAAAGUUGAUAACAAACCAUAUCUUGAAAGUGCAAUUACUGUUAAUACACAUUUUGAAUCCAAAAACACUUUUUUUCAAACAUAUGCAGAUCGAUUUGCGAAUAUAAUCAAUGAAUUUCUCAUCGAUAUAAAACGUAUAAACCAAUUGAUAUAUUCAAGGAAAUACAAUGAAAAUAAUAAAAGAAAUACUUCUGAAUAUAUAGAAAAGAAUACACCCAAUAGCACUAGUAAUUCCAAAAAACCAAAUGAUACAUCUGCAUUAAAUACAAAUAAAAAGUUGCUAAGGGCAAAUACCCAGUUAGCGAAAGUGAGGAGCGAACUUGGACUAAUUACAUUGGAGGAUAUUUUAACCUCUGAAAAUGAACUUUGGGAGUUUCUAUCACUAGGUGCAAUUUUUUUAAAAUGUUCAAAAAAAAAUAAGAUUGCUGUCGAAUUAUUUGAGAAACUGCUUAAUAAUCUAAAGUUGAUAUGCCCUGAAAUGAGCGGAGAUUCAUUAACUAAAGGAAAACAUUCAUUACAAAAAUUGCUUCUUUCGCUUUCAUUUGAAGGAGGUAUCUGGCGUGUACUACUUGGGCUUUUGAGAGAAGAAUUUAACAAAAAAACCAACAAGAAAAGCAUUUGUAAAGUAUUAGGUAGCCUAAUUUUAAUGCCACAUCUAUUUGCUUCAAAAUUAAAUGUAUUAAACAAUCAUUUUGUUCUUGAAAAAGAAACAAUUAGUGAAACGAGAUCGUGGAUACAAAGACAAAUCUCAAAUUCAAAAAAUAAUUUGGAGCUUCAAAUUAUUACAGCUCACCUUUAUGUUCUUUCAAAUCGUCUAAACCAAGCUUCAUCUGAAUACUUAAAAAUACACAGGCUAAUUCCUUUUGAUGAUUUGAUUUCUCUCUGUCUUGGAGUUUCAUUCAUUGGGGUAGCAGUAAGCAAAGAAUCAAAGAAUCGAAUUUUUUCAAUAAUCAAAGGAUUUUCAUUUAUUACAAGGUACACAAAAGGAAGGCAAAGCAUUUAUGUUAACGAAGAAAUUUACAAAGCAGAAUGCUUCUAUAAUCUCGCACGUGCAUUCCAUCAAAUUAAUUUGAAGUCAAAUGCUAUAAACUGUUACAUAAAAUGCAUAAAUUCUCUAAACUCGAUCACUGAUAUACAGAGCUACGACUUUAAUAAACUUAAAAAAAUGGCGUGCUACAAUCUAUCACUUUUAUCAAAGGUAGAUAUAUUUGGUGGAAUAAUCUGGUAA